AUGACUCCUCACUUUUCCACUGUAGAAUAUCGCGAUCUGCAGAAGAACGAUCUGACCUCGGCUUUUCUGAGGCAAAUUGAUGAAGCCGGAGAGAAUGGAGAUCUCUUCUCUGAGGAGGUGCUGGUCAGAUUGAUUACUGAAAUGUUCUUUGCUGGAAUACAGACUGAGUGCAAUACGUUUGGAUGGGCUUUCCUUUUCUUUCUGUUUAACCCUGAUGUCCAACAGGAAUGCAGGGAGCAUAUUCAAGAAGCGCCACUACUUUGGGCCGAAAAGCAGCGCCUACCCUAUCUCGAAGCAACGAUCGCCGAGAUCCAAAGGUUGGCCAACAUUGCCCCCUUCUCAAUGCCUCAUCGGAAUUUCCGGGAAACAACGCUGGACGGGUACCGUAUCCCCGCCGGCUCGACGAUAUUUAUGAACUUGUACACGACACUAAUGGAUCCGAGUGUUUUCGAACAUCCCUCCCAAUUCCGCCCAGCCCGUUUCUUGUCGUCAUCUGGUGGUCUAGAUCGUGCAAUGAUGGCAGCGGCUUUGCCUUAUGGUCUUGGAUCUAGGAUGUGUAUGGGGGAGACGAUUGCGCGACUGGAGUUGUUCUCGGUGAUUGGCCACCUUCUGCGGCGAUAUUCAUUCGAGAAGGUUCCCAGUGAGACGUACAGUCUCGAGCAGCGAAUGGAACUCACAAUUCACCCCCAAAAGUACUGUAUACGUGUCAGAAAACUG